AUGGCGGCUCGUUUCAGGACUGAGUUCAAGGCAUAUAAGGAUGUGAAACCAGUGAAGGCCAUUAAAGCUCCAUCUCAGUAUAAACCCCCAGUGGAGGAGAGCUGCCGUGAGACCAGCUACAGCGCCACAUACAAGGGGGAGCAGGUGAAGGCUCAGCCCGCCGACAACAAGCUGAUCGACCGCAGGAGGAUACGCAGCCUGUACAAUGAGCCGGGCAAGGAGACUAGCAAGGUGGAUAAAGCAGUGUCUCGCAUCAAACCAAAAAAGACACCAACAACAACAGGGAAGACGGUGAAAAAAUCAAAAGAGAAGGUGCUUGCUAGUUCCCUGUCAGCCAAGAAGAAACCGUCUUUGGGCACCCCAGAACCCAAACCAGAUGGAGUCGUCACCAAGAAGAGCAAAGAGAUCAGCAAUAGACUGGCUGAAGCAAACCACUAAAUUAAGUUUCUCUCUACACUUUUAUGUGUGUGAUCAAAGGCGACAUGACGAAUUAGGCACAUUUCUUCCUUUUGGUUUAUUUCCUGACCUGUUGUUUUUGCUGUCCUUUCAUAUAUUAGUCACCUUUAAAUGGGCACUGAUGUUGAGCUUUCAAAAUAAUGCAAGUCAUUUCACUGUAAAAUGUGAGUAAGUGUGUGUGUGUGUGACAGAGAGAGAGAGAGAGAGAGUGUGUGUGUGUGUGUGUGUGUGUGUGUGUGUGUGUGUGUGUGUGUGUGUGUGUGUGUGUGUGUGUGUGUUCAGAUGUAUGUAAGUAUGUGAUCCCUUGUGUUUUGGUGCACAAAACCGCUUUAUAUUAUUGAGCACAUUAUUUGCACUUUGUUUAUAUGAGUUCUGUUUGACAUCGAACCAUAAAAAAAAGCCAUCAGUACACAUAUACCUUUGUCUUAAUGAAUAAAAACUAAAAUCAGUUUUCAAAUGAUUGUAGAAAAAGUCAGGGGGAUGGUUUUUCUCUCAGACUUUAUCACAUAAGAGGUGUUGUGACAGUACAACAUAUGUUUUAGGGUUGCUUUUCCUAGUUACAGUGCCUCCGCUGUAUGGUCCUGGUUUUCAUUUCAUUGUUUGGGAUGAUAUCUGGUCUUAUCAGUUUGGUUGCCAAGAAACCAAAUGAAGUGUAAUAUAAUUGCUACGGCUUGCAUGCAGGACACUGUGUUUGGUUGAGUGGCUACAUUUCAGCAGACUAUAUGUCACACAGUCACAUUUUUGCUUGUAAAUUGAGCAACUAAAGAUACAUUUCUAGGGGAAAGAACUUUUCAAGUAUAAUGCAUGCGUAGUAAUAGAUUUUGGUCACACCGAAACUAAAGUACAUUCACAAAAUCAUAGUCUAGUGGCUAAUAAAGCUAUUACCUAAACGCACCAGCAAUAUGGUUGUACACAAUUCUGGCAAUCUUAAUGGAGAUCCACUCCUUUGAUUGAAUGGGAAUACUGCAGUACUUAUGACUCAGUAUUUGUGACAUUGUAUUCCGUCCUCUCCUCUCAUCUGUGAUGCUGUAAUUGUGCUAAAUGAGAAAAAUGUAUGCAUAAAGGCCUGAAAAGGGAAAAACUAUUGUAUUUACUCAAUAAAUGUCACUCUGAAUGGGCUGAUCUCACCAGGUGGGAAAGAACAAGGAAUGGGCCAGGACUUGAAGUUCAGCUUUUUAAAAUGUUGCUAUCUGAUAAUACGCAAAUCCCACCUGUUCAUUGUGAACAUGACAUGAGGGGUUUCUACUUACCUGUGGCGGCAAACAUGGCUGCAGUGUGUGAGAGCCCAGUCAAGCACUACCCACCGUGAGUCUGCUUCAAGUUUAAGCUUCCGUGUGUGAGCCUGAGAGUUUUGAUGUGUAUGACCUUACAGCCUGCUGCAGUUAGCAACAUGUCUGACCUAACCAUAAGACCUGCUGCUACACACUCCAACACCCUGGUGCUAAAUCGCUCAUUCUAUAUGCUGUCUGGUUUGGGCCACACGUGGCAUCAAACUAGAGGGAAAUUAUGAAAUAACAACGUUAUACCGCUGCAGACGUGAAACUGUGCUUGUUCUCUCAGCUUGCUCUGGUUGAAUUCUGAAUAAAGUGAUG